AUGCCUACUAAUUUCGAAGUGUUUCUACCUCCUGAUAUUGAUGUACAUGUAGAUUGGUUAUACAAAGGUAAAAAAAAAUUGAAAAAAAAUAAUUCUACAUCUGCAACUCCUACAAAUACUAAUAUAGUAGUUAAAAAUAACGUUGUCCCAAGUUCAAAUACCUUCUCAAAGAAAAAUAGGUCAACUUCAAUCUCAAAUGCUGCUCUAUCCUCUGGUAUUUUGAAAUAUGAUAAUCUACAAAAUCAGCACCAGCAUCAACAACAACAACAGCUGAAUAAUCAGCCUAUUGAAAAACAAAAUGAAAAAUCAAAACAUUCGCAUCUCAUUAAAAGAUCACAUUCCAUCUCUGCUGCAACUGUACCUUCAAUGAAGAAGAAAGAACAAUUGGCCCAAAAUUCAACUUCAAAUUCAAAUAAUAAAAAAUCAUUAUUUUCUUCUCUUUUCAGUAGAAGAUCUCCUUCUUCAAAUAACCUGGCACAAUCUAUACCAAAUUCAACUACUCCAGAACCUGUACCCACUCCCCCUUCAUCUUCAGCUUCUUCUAUUAACGGUGGACAUCGUACUCCAAAAUCAAGAUCAAGAACAAAUAGUUUACCUUCCUCAAAUACAAAUGCUCCUGCAACAAAUGCUUCUCAUUCUCCACCACAAAUACUAUUAGAAAAUCUAGAUACCGUAUCUUUGAAAAGAGUUACUUUCGAUGUAAGUAGUUUCCAGAAUGACCCUCCACAACAAUUACCAUCAAGAAAACCAAGAAAGGGAAACGUUCUAAUUCCAGAAGAUUUAAUCAGUGAUACCCCUUUAAUUUCAUUGGGUAUCUCAAAUACAGCAACUCCAUCUGCAUCAUUGACACCUGCAUCAACAAUUUCUCAAACAGACCAAAGUAAAUUAUCAAAGGAUUCAAGAGAAUAUAGAAUUGCAUUGGAAAACUAUAAACAGGCUUUAAAAGAAUCAGAAAAACAUCAACAAGAAGCUCAUUAUGCUGCUCAGAGAAUAGCUAAUGAAGUUUCAAAUUAUAAAUCACGUACCGCAACUUUAUCAAGUUCGACACCCAAUUCAAACUCAAAUUCUGCUACAAAUUUAUCUCAUCAUAUUUCAGAUGUACCUACAGAACAUUUUAAUUUAACAAAAUUAAAUUCAAUCGAUAUGCCAAUUCAUCAACAUGAAAAUUUCUUUAAUGAUAUUGAAGAGCCAUUAAAUGCAGAUGACGAAAUUACUUUAGACGUUAUUUAUACAAGAUGUUGUCAUUUAAGAGAAAUUUUGCCAAUACCUUCAACUUUAAGACAAGUUAAAGGAAAAACUGCUCCUUUGCAAACUUUGAAAUUUUUAAAUCCAAAACCAACAUUAAUUGAUAUUUAUUCAUUUUGUGAUUUCAUUGCAAUUGUCCCAAUUAAUACAAUUGUUUUUGAUAAUGUAAACCUAACAUCUAUUAUGUUCAAAAUUUUGAUCACUUCAUUGGUAAAUUCGAACUCUAUUGAAAAAUUAAGUUUAAGAAAUGUUGUUAUCGAUGAAAGAGGUUGGUUAUUAUUAUCAAAGUUUUUGCUGAAUAAUAAAUCAUUAACAAAAUUGGAUAUUUCUCAAACUAAAGUUAAGUCAGAUUUGGCAGAACAUUUGCAUCGUCAUAAUAUGAAUUGGCAUUUAUUCUCCGAUAUUCUGAUGAAAAGAAAAAACCAAAUGAACUUCCAAUUAAAUUCUUCUUUGCCUAAUGAUGCUCAGUUACCUUCAGGCUACUUAGAUGAAUUACUAUUAAAUGGUAUUAAAUUUAAUAAGAUUCCAAUUGAAAAUUUUCAAAAUUUAUUGAAUUCCUAUGCUGCUGUUCCUUCAACAACCGCAAUUAAACCAUCCAAUUUAAAAUUAGGUUUAGCAGCUUCCGAUAUUAAUAUAGACCAAUUAAAACUUAUUUUUAACUGGAUGUCCGAGUACAAUAUUCAAGGUGUAGAUAUCUCUUAUAAUGAUUUAUCAGAAUUGGUAAAGCCAAUGGUGAGUAAGUUAUCCUCUUUACCUUUGGACAAUUUACAGUAUUUUACUAUAAACAAUACAAACAUUUCCAAAGGUCACGAUGUAGCUUUGAUAUUGAAAUAUCUGUCUAAAUUACCAAAUCUAAAAUUUUUGGAUUUAAGUGAUUUACCACAAAUUUUCCCUGAUGUUUUACCAUUCAUGCACAAAUAUCUGCCUAGAUUCCCAUCUUUACAAAGAAUUCACAUUGAUAAUAAUAAUUUGCGGUAUAAAGAUAUUUCAAUGAUAUGUACCAUUUUGAUCAAAUGUCGUACGCUUUCCCAUAUUUCGUUGAUGACUUCAAACUCACCUUCGGCAUCUAAUUCUAACAGUGAUUCAAUCAAUGGGUCUACAAAUUCAGAUGGAAACCCUGCUUCACAAGUACCAUCUUCUCCUGUUAUAGAUAGAUCAUCUUCUUUGACUCCAACAUCCCCAUCACAAUUAUUAUCUCCAGGUGUUCCAAUUUCUCCAAGUCCUGGUGCUGCUACUGGUUCGUUUGCACCAAAAUCUAAUUUCUUGAGUUAUUAUGGUUCACUUUACAAUCUUGCUAAAGAGUUGCCGAAAUUAGUAAGUUUGGACAUCAAUUACGAUGAAAUUCCUGAUGAUAUUAGUUCCAGAAUUGCUUUGUGUCUAAUUCGUAAUAUGGAUCGUAGCACUGAUUCAAGUUUCCAAUUGGAUGAUUUAACUUCACAAGACGAUUUGGUAUUUGAUGGUACUAUUAUUACUGAAACUGCUGAAAAUGUUAUUGCCAGUUUAUGUUCCAAACCUUUGGAUGAACAAGGUAACGACUCUACAAAAAAGUAUCUUUUCAAAAAAUACAUUGAAAAAUUGCAAAAAGUUUAUGACAACGUUCAACAAACAAUUGAUGAUUUGUUUGAGAAAAGAAAUAGUUCUGAAUUAUCGCUGAAAGAAAAGGAAAAUUUAUUAAGAUUAUUGAUGGUAGAAAAAAAUCUAUGUCAUAUAUUAGAAAUUUUCUCUAAUAUUCCAAAAUUGAGCAGUAUUGCUGGUAUCACCUUAACACCAUUGAAACAUUUUGAAUCAGCAAGAAAUAUUCAUAAUGCAAAUGAAGCUGUUACAUCUUCUUCGCAAUUUGUCCAACCAAGACCACAUUUGAUGGCUACCGAUUCUGGUAGAGUUAUUGAUGUUUUCACAGGGAAACCUUUAUUAGUAAGAAGUUCAUCAGGUACUCCUCAAUUUAACAAAAAGCAGGAAGAAGAAGAAGGUGAAUUGCAUAAAUGGGGUUUCUUUGUUCAACAGCAAAAGUCCUGGUAUCCAGAUAACGAAGUGCCAUCAUCUAGUUUACAGAAAAAUAACGAUAUGAAAAAUCCAAAUACUUCAAAACCUGUAGAUUCUAAGAGUACUAGACCAGGUGUCAAAAUUAUUACUCAAGGUUUAGGCUCAAAAGAUAUUGCAAAGGCUCAUGAAACUACACCACCUUCAUCCAGUACUUCUUCUUCUUCUUCGAACUCAUUUAUUACUACUAACCCAUAUAGUAUGAAUAAACAAAGAGUAUUUGCCAAGAUUCCAUCAGGUGAUGAUGUAAGAGGUGCUGUUAUGAAAGCUAAAGGUAUUCAUUCGAUUGAAGAUUUGAUCGAAAAAGUUAGUAAAAGUAACACUGAUUUAGAAAAAAUUUAUGGUACUACUUUUUCACCUGUUACACUCGGUGCAAUCCCAAAUACAGAUUCCAUCACGACACCAACAGCACAAGAUAAAGGAACCUCUGAUGCUCAAACAGUCGAUUCCAAAGAAGUUCUUCAAAAAUAUAAUGAAGUUUUAAACAAUAUUUCAAACGUUCGUUUAAGCAAAAAAUAA